AGCAGCGGGCUCUUGCUCUUGGGGGCUGCCCCUCAGGCCCAGACGCCGGGCUCCCAAGCAGCCAAGAAGACAUGGGUGUCCCUGGUGUGAGAGCCGGAGUCUGUCCCCUCUCUGCUCGCAGGCCGGAGCCGACUAGGGACAGCUGGAGAGCUGGGGUGUGGCUCGCAGCCUGGGGAUGGCCUUUCAGGCCUGGUCUGAGCCUUCCCCUCGCAGAGCGAGGAUUCCUGCCUCCCCGCCCCAAGUCUGCACCCACCCUGCCUGUGCCUGGCGUGAACCCCCACAGCGCGAAGGGGCAGAGGCUUCCAGGGUGAGGACUCCGAGCAGAAGCAAAGAAGUGGAAAUCACUCUCCUGCCAAGGUCGGCUGCAGCAGGAGCUCUGCGUGGGACGGCAGGGGGCAGGCGGCAGAGCCCUGCCGGGCAAGUGGGCAGGGGCUGGACAGACCGGGUCGGCAAAGCGACACCACGGGAGGAACCUGGUGGUCAGCAGGGGCCCUGUGCCUCGUCCGAUUCCACCGAGCAGGGCCUCGGGCCGGUAGCAGAGGUGCUGGGACGGGCCAGCCGGUCCCCAGAGGGGCAGAGGCAGGAGGCAACCGACCCCUGGUGGUGGCAGCGUGCAGCUGGGUGUGCGUGGGUGGCAGCGAGGAGGGGCGGAGGGAGGAAGCGGGCUUCCUGAAGGCUUCUCAGCCCUCAAAGACAGACCGACAGACAGACAGACAGCUGGCAAGAGGCGCCUGGGGACACAGCUGCUUCACCCUGGGGGCCCCCGCAGAGAUCCUGGCCUUCCGAUGGUGAAAACACAACCACUUCCUGGGGAGCAGAAGACAACUCAGUGAAAACAGAGGUGCCGGAGGGCAGAAGGCUGGCCUGGGCCCGGGAGCCUCCCCCUUGGCCGGUCAGUCAGCCCAGAGGUCAAACCUCAAGGCCGAGUGAGUGUCCCCUGGGCCCAGCCUCCCCGCAGCAUGGUCCAGGCCCCUGGGGGCACCCCAAAGCAUACUCGCGGGCCUCGCCUUCUGGGGCAGCCAUGACCCAGCCUCCACCUGACCAAGCGCCAGCCAAGAAGCACGUGAGGCUGCAGGAGAGGCGAGGCUCCAACGUUGCUCUGAUGCUGGAUGUGCGGUCCCUGGGGGCCGUGGAGCCCAUCUGCUCCGUAAGCACGCCUCGGGAGGUCACCCUGCAUUUUCUGCGCACAGCCGGCCACCCCCUCACCCGCUGGGCCCUGCAACACCAGCCACCCAGCCCCCAGGAGCUGGAAGAGGAGUUCUUGAAGAUCCCCUCAAACUUUGUCAGCCCCGAGGAUCUGGAUGUCCCUGGUCAUGCCUCCAAGGACCGCUACAAGACCAUCUUGCCAAACCCCCAGAGCCGUGUCUGUCUGGGCCGGGCACAGAGCCAGGAGGAUGGGGACUACAUCAACGCCAACUACAUCCGGGGCUACGGCGGGAAGGACAAGGCCUACAUCGCCACCCAGGGCCCCAUGCCCAACACCGUGUCGGACUUCUGGGAGAUGGUGUGGCAGGAAGAAGUGUCCCUUAUCAUCAUGCUCACUCAGCUCCGGGAAGGCAAGGAGAAAUGUGUCCACUACUGGCCCACAGAGGAAGAAACCUAUGGGCCCUUCCACAUCCGCAUCCAGGACGUGAGAGAGUGCCCGGAAUACACCGUUCGGCGGCUCAGCAUCCAGCUCCAGGAGGAGCACCGGCCAGUGAAGCACGUCCUUUUCUCAGCCUGGCCUGACCACCAGACCCCAGAAUCAGCCGGGCCCCUGCUGCGCCUGGUGGCCGAAGUGGAGGACAGCCCAGAGACAGCUGCCAAUGCCGGGCCCAUCGUGGUUCACUGCAGUGCAGGGAUCGGCCGGACAGGCUGCUUCAUCGCCACGCGCAUUGGCUGCCAGCAGCUGAAGGCCCGAGGCGAAGUGGACAUCCUGCGCAUUGUGUGCCAGCUGCGGCUGGACAGGGGUGGCAUGAUCCAGACGGCGGAGCAGUACCAGUUCCUGCACCACACCUUGGCCUUGUACGCUGCCCAGCUGCCGGAGGAGCCCAGCCCCUGACCCCUGGCACAUCCCCAGCGCCGUUUCCCCCAGGCCUGGGGUGGUGGGUCUGGUGAAGGUGGCUUCGUGAUCUGGGGAGCCCCGAGUGGGCUUGGGGAUGGGGUGCCCCUCAGUGCGUAUCCGGGGUCACAGGAAGCUGGCUGGCAAGGACAAGGUCAGACACUGGGGCUUUAGCACUGCCCACUCCUCUGCUUCCUCCAAUGGCCCCAAGUGGACACCAGGGGGACCCCCACAUCACUCAGAACUUGAAGCUAGUGGCUGACCUUUGUAACAGAGCUGAGACAGAAGCCCAGGAGUCCUGGUCUCUGAAAAACCGUGGGCGCCUCGGUCUCUUCCUCGGACAAGGACAUUGGGCACUUUGCUGCCCCAAGGGGCAACCAAUCAGCGGAGCUCCUAGAAACUGCUGCAGCUAUGCCCCUGCCCCAGGGGGCCAGCAGAGAGUGAGGCCAAGGGCAUCGUCUGCCAGGCCCUGCACGAGAGCGGCCCGAGGCCAGGCCAGCCAGGAAAACCCGGUCCUACCCUGCUGGAGUCCUCGGCAUCCCCACAGUGAUUCUGCUUCCCCAACACACAUCUGCGCUCCAAAGGGAGCAAGGACCCAGACUACCCUGUGCCCACACGUGUCGGGGAAGCAGGCUUCAGAGGUGACCUGGCCAGACAGGUGAAAUCUCCAGAAGAGGGAAAGGGUGGGAACCCCUCAGAGACCCAGAUGCCUGCCUCCCUCCACCCACCCAGCUACUCCCUAGGGGGCCAGCACCCUCUGCCUGCCUUCGCACCUCAGAAUGGGGGCAAACACCGGAGACCGGAGUGACAGAGCCGAGAGCGCUGCCUGGUGUUGAGUGACCAUCCCCGGCAUGCCCUCCUCCCCAGGGGGCACACCUGGGCAGUGACUCUUUCCAGCAACAACCUGGGUAAAAACUCCCCACGCAGACCAGGGACUCAGGCUGCACCAGGACACCCCCCCCCCCCCGCCCCCAGGGCCCACCCCAGGGAGCUAAGUACAGGACACCCAGAUCCAGCUCAGGGCUGACCACACCCCAGGGAGGCAGCCAGAUCCUGUAUCCUUGAAUCCAAGAUGGGCUGCCUGUGGGGAGGAAGGCAGGUUCUCCAUGGGCCCCCAAGGGGCUGGAUCCCAGAGAAGACCUGGGCCUCUCCCUCAGACGGCCCUUCUGGAGCAUGUGCAGCGUAGGAAUUGGGGUGGCUUUCUUCAUGCUUCUGCUCAGCCUCCUCCCUCACUGCCCACUCCUGAGCCUUCCUUUCUCCACGAGAGGCACUCGGGGUACCCGUGGAGCAGGGCUCAGAGCCCCUGGGUGCCAAAUCCUGCCCGCAGGAGGAAAGCCACCACACAGGCCUGCAGGCUUCCCUCCUUGGGCGCCGCUGCCCCAGCCCUGUUCCCUGGGCUCUGGUUUGAGUAACCUGGUUUGAAAAUAAAGACUUCUCGGAUGCCCGA